CCCCCCAGAGAGGCGAUGGCCGACGACCUGGACUUCGAGACGGGCGACGCGGGCGCCUCGGCCACGUUCCCCAUGCAGUGCUCGGCGCUGCGCAAGAACGGCUUCGUGGUGCUCAAGGGCCGCCCCUGCAAGAUCGUGGAGAUGAGCACCUCCAAAACGGGCAAGCACGGCCACGCCAAGGUGCACCUGGUGGGCAUCGACAUCUUCACGGGCAAGAAGUACGAGGACAUCUGUCCGUCCACCCACAACAUGGAUGUGCCCAACAUCAAACGGAACGACUUCCAGCUGAUCGGGAUCCAGGACGGGUACCUGUCGCUGCUCCAGGACAGCGGCGAGGUGCGGGAGGAUCUGCGGCUGCCGGAGGGGGAGCUGGGCCGGGAGAUCGAGCAGAAAUACGACUGCGGCGAGGAGAUCCUGAUCACGGUGCUGUCGGCGAUGACCGAGGAAGCCGCUGUCGCGAUCAAAGCCAUGGCCAAAUAGGGCAGGCCGGCGCCGCCGGGGUCGGGCCGGGCCCCUCCCCCAACUGCAGCCGCGGGGGGGGGGGGGGAGGUGGGGGAGGGGCGCGAGGGGGGAGGGGCA